GUCGCGUCCUCGGUCGCUAUCAUGGAGCAAGCGUACACAAACACGGCUGUGGACGUAUCAACUUAUUCGGAUUUUUGUUCUCACUCUUUUACACAAGACAAUGAGGCUGUUACCGGUCAGGGGAGGUCGCAACGAUGUGGACAUUUACGCUACACGUUUCACUUCGCCCUGAAAAUGGUUGAGUGACUUAAUCCGGCGUACUGCCGACGUUAGCUUAAAAAGGACAAGUUAGCAGCUGCUAGCCGAUUGAACCUGUACGUCUGCUCGGUGUCAGCGAAGAUCAGCAGCCUCAGAGGAUGCAAGUUCUUCAAGAUCACUUCUUCUACCAUUCAUAUUCGAGGUUGAGAGAUCAUGCAAGUCUCGAGAAGGAGAGACAGCUUUUGGUUGAAGAGCAGAAGAUAUGCAAAACCCGAGCACGCAAAUUCUCCCUGGAAACCAACCGACGCAGGAAGGCUUUGGAUGAAAGACGGAAGCAGUGGGAUGUGCAGGAGCAAUGCCUAAGAGACCGUAUCCUCCAGCAACGCAGACUGCAAGUACAGGACGCAACUGAGCGUUUCCAAAGAGCACAUUUACCCCCUUCUGAGAAGCGCCGACAAUCUUUUAAAAGAAAUGUUGCAAAUAUUGAAGAUGCACUCCAUCAAAUUCAAGGCACCUUGAAUUCGUACACUCGGCAGUCCUCUUUCUUGUCCAGCAAUAUAAACGUUAAUGGAAGCUGCUCCCCAUCUCCUAAGCCACCCACGGUUUCUAAAUCGUCCCACCGCCAAGCGCUUUCUGCUGUGGAGGCCUACACAAAACUCCUCCUGGAACAGAGCAGGAUAGAGAGCGAGCACGAUCACAGUCCACAGGGUAGCCACCUGUCUGAUUCUUGUCUUUCUGAGAGCCUUUCAAGUAAGGAUAGUUUGGAAAAUGAGGAUUUCAACCACCUCACAAAACCUCUGCAGAGUUCCUAUUCAUCACUCUUGCUUGGCACAGAGAGGACUCAUCAAGACCUAAGAAAGCAAAAUGACUUGUGUCAUCAAACAUCAGACCUCUCAGCGAUGAUGCUUCUCGGUGAUAACUUAGUCCAAGCAAAUAAGCGGCAUGAACCAAACCAGAAAAAACUAGAUGAAUCUGGAUGGUGUAAUAAUAAGAUAAAUGUUUCUAAAGCCUCGUGGGAAUUCACAUCUGUUGAACAAAGACUUAAGACAGAGAUCCAGCCUGCUCUGAACAACUGUAAUUUAUCAGCUCACAGUGAAAAUGUUAGUGCUGACCUAGAGCCCUAUGAGAUGAAAACUCGACAGAACAGCCCCGGUGGCAACAUCAUUAUUGCAAAUAUAGCUGCUCUUGGCAACGCAGCACUCGAUUCUUCCUAUCCUAAACAAGAGGGCCUCUUGGCUCCCAAACAGGAGAGGAUCCAAGAUGACAGACAAUUAAAAUAUCCAACUACAGAAAUUCCUUUGCUUGCCAAAAAUAGCAACAGCAAAGACAUUUUGUUUGGGGAUCCCCCAAAGCCAAAUAUUUUCUUGUACAACAGUACAACAGACAAUUUGUCAAGAGAAAGCGCUCUUCAGCAAACAGGAAAAGAAAACAGCGCUCUGUCAUCUCACAAAGAAUGCACUGCUUCUACAAACAAUCUCAAUAAGGUUACAAACUCAGACUCCAAUACUAAGAAGCCAAUAAAUACAAAAUCCAUGGAGCAUACCUGCUUGUCUAAUAUUCAUUCAGAUACAUACAAGUGUCUUGAAUGUCCUGAGAAGGAAGUCGAGAAAAUACCUUUGUCAAUAGAGACGUCUGAUUCGCUAUAUAAGGUCAGAUAUAGUAAGGGAAUUCUUAAAAAGCAGUCCAAAUACAUGGAUUCCACUUGUGUGUACGGCUCAGGGAAUUUGAUUUUUGCAAAACAAGUAGCUUUAGCGAUCAGGGAUAGCGUUGAAUUAGCACGGAGAAAAACAAGGGACCUGGAGGGCAAUAACACUGUCAAAAAGAAGCUGCGUUGGUUCGAUGAAGUGCAUGUGGAAAAAGAGAAAGAUAAACAGAACAAAAUGAAAAGCAAAUCCUUCAAUCUCUGUCAACCAAAAAACAACUCGGACGACCACCAGCUAAGUCUUAGUGCGUUCUCAGGGACUUCCAAGACUGGACCCGGCAUGACCCCUGCAGCCUCCACUGGUUAUCAGUUUACAAAAGAAGCUUGGGCAGAUGUUCAAGUCAACUUGCCCCAGCGACAAACCGAUGAGGUCAAGGUACACCGCAACAGCAUCAGAGCCAGUGCCCCCAAGGUCCCUCGGAAAGAGCACUUUGGCAGAGCGGGUCCUGUUUCCUCACGAACAAGAAAGGGCACGGUCAUACGACCUCAGUCUGCCACCGAGGUUAGUCAGAUUGCCAAAACCCAAGGGAAGGUCAUGGUGCCACGUCCACCUCCUCGGAUGGAAUCUGCGGAGGAAAAGACGCCGUGCAUCACCAAAAUUCCAUAUGGCAGGGAUCACGCGAGCGCCAUCAACAAACAGGCCAUGGCUGUUGAGCAGGUCCUGAACAAGAAUAACUCAGAGGAAAUCUUUGUCUUAAGCUUCCCAGACAAAGCGAACAAUAACAACGAGCAUGUGUGUUGUUUUUUGCAGCAAACGAAGCAAACCGCAAAGCUGCUCAGAACAUUACCAAGCACUUACAACUCAGCCUUUCCAAAUGAAGAUUUUGAGAGUGCAGCCCAGUUACACCUCGCUGAAGUGCAUGCUAAAGGCCAUCUGGAAGAAAAGGGUAUAGUGGCUGCCAUGGAGACAGUCCAAACACGGAGAUCUGGAACAGUAGAGCAGUACAGCCGACAGCAGGAGCUCACCAGCAUUUCCUUGGAGGAGAAGAAAAUUCUGCUCUGUCUGGAUCGACUCAACCACGAGCUUCAAUGUGUGCAGGAGCGUGUUGGGGGCAAUACUAGCAUGCAUGGUCUUGUACUUAGUGAUGCACCCUAUACAAGAGAAGUGAAAGCGUCAAUCCAUAACAAACACUGUGGCUCCUCGGCUAACAUUCACUCUCGAUACCACCAGAAGUCCUGACUUGAAGCUUGUGUUCGCCACAGCAGUCUUGAGCCCUCGUCGGUGCACUUUAUGCUGAAGCAUGUUGUUGAAACAAUUACACAAUUACCUCGCAAAAGGAAUUUUUACAAAGUGUGUCUUUUUAAGUAACUAAGGAUCUGAAAUAUAAACAGCCUUGAAUUGCAAAGACAAAAAAAGACUUAUCAGCAGCUUUAGAGCACACUUAAGCUACUGACUAUCAAGCAAUCUAAGUCUGAAGUGCCUAUUUAAAUGAGAAAGGCUUUAAUCUGUUUUUAAGUUACAAAAUGCAAAGAUGCUCUUGUUUCAAUCAAUACAUGACCAGCCCUGACUGCAAAAUAUACAAACACUAUCAAAUUGUAUAUGUUAAAAGUUUAAAGGUGUACCAUUCUGUAUUUAUUUUGCAUAGUAACACUAUGACUUGGUGGACUGUUUUGCAGCAGUUCAGCAGUGAACUGAAUAAAUGUUGUUGACAGUUU